AGCAUUAUUCAGAUAAAGAUUAUGACUGUAGGCUGGGCAUUAUCCAAAUUAUCCGCAAAACCAUUUACCAGGAGAAAAAUAUUUUUCACAGUAGCUUUGUAGUGUUGACGUAUUACACAAUGGGGAUAAAUUGAGUCUGCAGACGAAAUCUAAUAUGGUUUGAUGCUGUGAAUAAUAGAUUCGGUUCGAAGUAAUCGAAUUUAUGUAUGCUUUAUGAUUGAUCCAAUAUACGGAGGUAUCAAUUUAUCACCGAUAAACCAACCAGUGACUUCCAAUGAGUUUUAAAUGGUCGAACAGACUGUUUACUGUACUAAAAAAAAUCCGGAUUAGGAAAGACUUUUAAUACGAAACGAAAAUAUUAGUGAAAACCUGUCCGACGGGUGACCGCUGAGUUUAAACCAUCUCGCUCACACUCGAGUUCACCCACCCGUGAACUUAUUCUGUGAAGGUGGAAUACUAAGAAAAGGUGUGCAGUAAAUAACGGGAAUCGGAUAUUAUAUCAUUGAAAUGGAACACCACUUCAGGGACUUGAAAGAGAUGAUACAUAUAUAGAUACAGAGGUGAUUUAGAAAUGACGUGAGAACCGCUGAACAGCGGUAUUAAUGUCAGUAUGCCCCGUCACGGUUUGUUGGUGAAGCUGAUUCUGGCACUGGGUGUGUCAUUUCUGACCAGUGAAUGCAGUGAGCCGGACCCACCCGUAUAUAACUCUCACGAGGAUCCGACCGUGCUGGUACUGGUGGAUAUACACAGGUCUACGGAUGACAACGGGGUCUGUACAGAUUUUUCACCCAGGGCCGCCGAGCUGACCUUUACUCUGGAAUGGUUAAAUCAGGAUCUGGUCAAGAAAGGAAAAAAUAACAGUACAAGUCCAGGGAUAUUGGUUUAUGACACCUGUGGUGACGUCAGACGUACAAUGCUUAUUCUGGGAUAUGUAUUUGUCACAGAUAACACCAGCAUAUCCAGUGUCAUAUCAUAUGGAAACCCUUCAGUCCGCUCUAAUAUUUCUCACUUCCUGAGACCUUUCGGGGUUCCUCACAUUCAUAUUAACCAGACAGCACAUGUAUCGACCCAGGACAUCCUGGAUAUAGAUAUUGGUACAGUUUCUCCUUGGAAAAUUAGAGACAUCAUCAAGAUAGUUAUAGAUUUGGGCUGGAACAACUUUGCUGUGAUAUCGUCCAAUCAUCCAUCAGCUAUUGCAUCACGUGAUCUGUUUCUAAGGAUGGCUUCCUCUUACUCUCUUUGCAUUACUUCUUCCGUUACAUAUGAAAACACCAAAUCGUUUGACCCUUUACCACCUCACGUGAUUUUAUUUGUAUCAGCAGAUGACAGCUAUGAUGCAAUCACAUCUAACAUGGCGUUUUUUAAUAGUGCAGUCAUGGUGACUUCAGAUCAUUGGGAAGACCUUACUUCAAAUUUUACGGACACCUUUUUAUACCUCGAACACCUGAAUACGUCAUCAAAUCUUGUACAGUAUGUAAAAGAUAAGAUUGAAGACACGUCGAACAAUUCAACCAUACUGAAUCUAUACAGAGAACGAAAAAGUUGUAAUAUAAAUGCAAGUGAGGGCAUUUGCAAUGGACAGCGCAUUGCAACAUUUUUGCCCUCCCGAUUUGUUGGAAGAGACGUUGAAGCAACAAUAUCAGCAUUUAUAAAUUCCCAGGAAAUUCUGAAGCACAUUUAUUCCAACAACUGUACAAACUUUGAUCUCUCUAAGUGUGAUGCGAGUAAGGAAUUUAAAGCAGUUCUUGCAGAUUUUUCUGAUGACAUCAUGAGUUUUAUUGGAAAGUACCAGAUGGCGAAAGAACAUGGAGGAGAGAUGACAUCAUUUAUUUAUCGUGGAUACAUCACUGUUGCAGAGGUACGGAGCAAGAAAAUAGAGAUAAAGAAUGCUGAAAUGUGGAAUCAACUGAAAGUUCCGUCAGAGGGCGCCUGUUCUGGAUACUCGUGUGUUAACUGUACAAGACUCACUUCUCCACCUACUAAAGAUGACAUCAUAGUGCUAGAGGGAGACGUGAACAUAAGAUUGGAGUACCCACUUACAGAGAAUUCCCAAUCUGGACAAUCAUGCGGCGACUGGAGAACUGAAGGAGUUAUUAUGACGGAGGUUUUCAAGUACGAGUUGUCUGACGUGAAAAGACGAUAUCCAAAAGUUUUACAGAAUAUCCGGUUAGGAGGUGUGAUAUUCGACACAUGUCAAGGAAAAUCGAAAAGGAACGAACAUAUAUAUGCAGAUAUUAAUUAUGUUAAUGAUGGCGAAUUGCUAUCGUAUGAUUCUCUUCCUUCUGGAAAUCUUUUCUCGGUGUCGUCGUUGGGGGUAUCGUUCGGUAACCCUGACAGCUUGCAGUUCGUACGUGCAUCAGUAGACUUACUUAUAUCACUAAAGUGGAUAUACAUAAAUGUGGUGUUCUCAGGUUCAGAGCAAAAUCUACUGACAGAAUUUGAAAAUUACCUCAACCUUAAAGGAAAUGAUAUUUGCUUGUCAAAUAAGAUUUUAGUUUCAGGAAACGGAAAUUUGACAGAGCUUGCAAUAAAACUUCAAGAGGUUUUGAGGAAAUCAAAUGGAGGGGCUUUCAUUCUGUUGACAAACACCAAAGACACAUUCCGUCUUAAUGUGGCGCUGUCAAACAUUAAAAAUGCUUUUAGCGGGGCUAAUUUUGUCACAUUUCCCUGGAAUCAGAAUAUAAUCGGAAACCCAGGCACAAUUGCCAUUUUGCAAUCAGAAAAUUCAAUGGACGAUGUUGUUCCAGCAAUACAGUAUUUGAGCCCUGAUAUGUAUAGUACUAAUCCGAUUCUAAAAGGCUUUCACGAAAACAGAUACAAAUGCAGCCUGACGGUACACCCAAGAAUGAUUUAUCCGGAUAUCUGUCCGUCUGUUCCAACUUUUACAAACGAGACAAUACUCAUCUCCAAGAUGUCUGCCAUAAGAAAUGCAAUAGAGGCGGUGGUUUUGACACUGGACAGAUACUACCAAGACGUCUGUCCGUUGCAAACAGGCAAAUGUGCCAGCCUGGUAAAUCAAGUCGAUCUGUCAAAGUAUCUCUCUGCGCAGAAGGAUGAAGAAAAGGGCAAAUCAGGCUCCUACAAUGAGCUUGUAACAAAUAAAGACGUUUUCAUUUAUUUAGGAAAUUCUUUGAACACAUCGUCAUCCAAGAUUGGCUAUAUCGAGAAGGAUGGAAAUGUUUCAGUAAGUGGAAAUGAAGUCAAGGCCUACAAUUCAGACUUUAUACCGUAUACCGCCGUCCAUCAGUGUCCAGACUGGUGUCCUGAAUGUCUAGGAUGUCAAGCAGCAUCUACCAAAAAUACACGAAAAUUGUUUCAUUCAGGAGAUAUAGUUGUAGCAGGAUUAUUUCCAGUUCAUACAAGUGUUUCAUCAUUUUGCGAUGUUUUGGCCACGGAUAAACGAGCAGACAUGACGAUAGAUGCCUUCCUGUUUGCUAUAGAAUCGUCCAAAGAACGAUAUCCUUACCUUCUUCCGGGUGUUAGUUUGGGCAGCCUCAUUCUGGAUACCUGCUCGAAUGCCAACAUGGCGGUGCAGAAGAUCAUGAACUUUGAAACCUGUCGAGAAAGCUACAACGACAGCGGAAUGAUAGCUGGACCAGAAAUGCUAACCAUAUAUGUUUCUGCAGACUCUGGAAAUCCGACAGGUCGAGUGCAGGAAAUGUUGGAAAAAUAUAAGAAGACUUCUCUAGCUUUAGGUGAUGAGUCGCCAUCUACAUUUGAUGACGUCACUUCCAGGUUUUACUCUCUUCAUUCUAAGGCUGGUAUACGCUUGAUUGUAGAAAUUCUGAACUCAACACAGUGGACAUACAUAGAUGUUGUUCGAUCUGAGAGUCCAGUGUUUGAUUCUGUGGUCAAUGACUUUUUGUCGACAUGUAGGUCUUUCAAUAUCUGUGUACAAAAUGUAUCACCAAUUCAUAAAUACACAGGUUCUUCAGAGCCAACUCUAACAGUAACUGUGAUUUUGGCAAAAAUGAUGGAGAUUAAAACGUUUUUUAAAUCUCUUACAUCCACCCCCCAGGAACAUUCUUUUAUUAUAGGCGAAAUCCUGCCAUCUUGGAACGACACAUCAGACUUUGUGCUUCCAAACAAUGCGCGGAUCAUUACUAUUGAGCGUGUUGGAAAACUCAACACAGACUUGAUGAAAGUUAUUUCCGACGACUCAUCCAUUUCUAAACGCAAUCCGUGGAAGAAAGAAUAUGAAGAAGCCUUUUCUUCAUGUAUUUCUCCUCAAUGUGAACACCAAGCUGAUCUUCUGUUAGCCUCAAAAAUUGUGUUCGGUAUUGACGUGAUGCUUCAUGCCUUUCACAACAGAUUCGAGAAACUUUGUCCAAACUAUUAUGGAAUAUGUCCGAUGUUUGCCAGCGAAGGCAUUCAACUUCAGAGUGAUCAUUUCCACAAUAUAUCAUUUAGGUAUCUGAAUGAUAUUCAGGUAGAUUUUCCUUUCAAAACUCCUGAGUCUUGGGCAUUCACUGUGAAGAAUUUCAAAGGAGUAUCCCUUAUUGAUAUUGGAAACUACUCGGAUGGUGUUUUGCACAUGAAUCCCCUCGGAAUAUUUGACACAAAUGGCCGAAUUCCUCAAGGUCAAGAGUCUCGAUGUUUCAGUAACUGUCGUUGCGUCGGAUUGGAGGACAAAAAGAAUACAACCGAUAAAGACUCGCGCGCGGAUCCAUACGCUAAAAUGGAAUUAAAAUUCUACAAAUCUACAGCAGAGCUGAGUAAAGAGUUAUGGACCAUUAUAGUGCUAAUAAUAGGAGUAGGAGGAGCUUUCGCUGCGUUGUGUUUUGUUAUUUACGUUUUUCACAAAGUAUGCGCCGGGCUUUUAUCCAAACGUUACGUUGGUCUGGGUAUAUUACUGCUCAUAUCUAUAAUAUUUUUGUUUUUAUCUGUUCUUCCGUUUGUGUUUUCGCCCAGUGAAAUUGUCUGUUCUACAAGAUUCUUCAUUCCAGGCUUUGCUUACACUCUGUCUUUUGCAACAGUGAUGGCGAAAAUUAUGUCGCUUAGAUCGUACAAGUUGAUUGGUUUGGGCGGAGAGUUGUCCAACAUAAAUCAGUUUCUAACGGUGCUAUUCAUAACGGGUGUUCAGGUUGCAGUUGGAGUACAUUUUUGGUACAUUGAAGACAACAAAAUGGGCUUUCUACGCAGUAGACUAGAUGACGCAAACGAAAAAGAGUACGCAUGUGUUUUUGAUAGAACUGAAUUUGUGAAGUACUUAGUAUUUGUUAUGUUUCUUAUUGUGCUCUGUGCAAUAUAUUCCAUUUUUGUUCGAAAAGAAACUAAGAACAUGGGUGAAGCAAAAUUCAUCAUGGUUUAUUCAUGGUUGUGCAUUCCCAUAUGGGUGGCAUGGGUUGUCACCUUGCUUCUUUUGCCGCGCUAUUGGGCGGAAGUGAUUGUGUGCAUUGGAAUUUUGACAUGCGCAACACUAAUGACUUUAAUUGUAUUUUUGCCAAAACUUCAUCGAAUCUCACGCUUGAAGUAUGACGUCGAACGCUCAGGGACGCAAAACGGUGGCUACAAACUGGACAACGACUUUAUGUUUGAGAGACCGUAUACACUGCCGACAUCUUCAAACUCUUUCAAAUACUCAGAGAAAAAUAAUCCAAAGUUUAUAUCCUCUUUUGACACCAGUCUUAGCUACUGAAUCCAAUUCAUAAAUUUGAAAAUCUUCAAUGCCAUUUAUUAGAUCUCUUAAUAAUUAGUGGUUUAUAUAUUUAUUUAUUACAUUUUUAUAAAUUUGAAAAUUAGUGCAGCGUUUCAGAAGAACGACUUGCUGUACGCUGGGGGUAAUUCCAAGAUAGUAUUCAAUGUAUGGAAUAUAUAAAUAAAAUUUUAAAAGGAACAA